GAUGCGGUCACACUGCGGGGCCACAAAAGAAAAACAACAAAAGAAAAGGGAGAAAAGCCAUUUCUUUUUGGCAAUUCAAAGAGUCAUGUAGCAAACAAAAAGCUGCAACGAAAACAAAACCAAACCAAGCAAUGUCACUUCGAGCGCUUCGAAAAAGAGACACUGGCAGUAGCUACGGCAAUAGUAACAACCAUUUAGCACCUGUAAGAACUUCACAAGCAACGCUCUUCAAGAAGGCCAGCACAGCAACGACGUCACCGAAGAAGACGUUACUAAAAACUGUGAGCUCCAACCACGGAUUAAGCAAACAGAAGCUGUUCCAGAACAGAAAACUACUUGGUCGCAAGUGGAAUUCUAAUCCUGACCUGCGACAAGGGUCAAAGUAUCAAAACAACAGCCUGUUGCGCAGCAAAUCGGAAGGGGAUGUUAGUGAAGUCCUUGCCAGCAACUCUGGUGCUCCAUUGACAGUAGCCAACGCCAAAUCGGAAGUGUGUUUGCAGAGGAUCAGCUCGCACAAUUACGAACAUCCUUUAGGGACCCCAGGAGGGAGAAUCGAAAUGCUUGGCGGUGCCAGUUCCCAUCGGGACCUUACACAGUCCUCCUAUGGCCACCAGGCAGGUGGACAUACAGUGGAAUUGGAAUCCAGCACCAGGGCUCCCCGUCGCAUGAGCGAAUGCAGCCUAGGCUACAGCCAAACGAGUUCUCGCCACACGGGAUCAAAUUCUAUGUUCGCCAGCCAGAUGACACUCUCCUCGGGAUCGGUGGUUCCCCCAGUGGAUCCUAAUGCGGUGCUGCGGGUGCCCAUCAUUGGCUACGAGGUUAUGGAAGAGCGGGCGCGCUUUACAGUCUACAAACUGCGCGUUGAGAAUCCGGAGACCAAUGACUGCUGGCUGGUAAUGCGCCGCUACACCGAUUUUGUACGGCUGAAUGGAAAGCUGAAGCAGGCUUUUCCUAACCUCAAUCUCAUGCUGCCGCGCAAGAAACUCUUCGGGGACAACUUUAACGCUGUCUUCCUGGAUAAUCGUGUGCAGGGACUGCAGAUCUUCGUUAACUCAGUGAUGGCCAAAGAGGAACUGCGGAAGUGCAAGCUGGUGCGGGAAUUCUUCUGCCUGGACGAGCCACCCUCUUACUCGGAAUCUAUGGAGGAGUGUCGGGCUAUUUUCGAGGCCCAGGAAGAGACUAUCGUCCAUCUGAAGCUGCAGAUACAAAACAAGAACGAUCUCAUACUCAGCUUGCAGCAGAAGCUUCGCGAGGAGAUGUCCGAAAAGGAGCAGCUCAGGGAGGCUAUGAAAAACGUGGACCUCAAUUGCUCCCACUGCUCUUCGGCCAACGACAGCUUGGGCCUAAAGUAAACCGAUCCCAGGAGGAAAUAGAAAUCCAGUUUAAUGUGCGAGUGCGUACAACAUUAUGCUGAGCAUAACUCUACGCACUUGCACCACUCAUGGAACACAUCCAUAUCCAAUUUAAUAAUCCAAACCAAGUGCAUAUCGAGGGGCUCGCCCCGUCAGUGCUUUAGUAUUCAUAUCUAGACCUAGAUGCUAGCAAGUGCUGCCCAAGUUGGUACUAAAAGAAUUACAAUAGUAGUUAUUUUUGAUAAUCGUUUAUGGGCAAUUUACAGUUAAGAAUGAGUUAAUUAAUUUAAGUGUAUACGAUGUUAUGCAAGCUCACAUACAAAUAAAUGUAAGGCACAAUUUAUUACUCAAUGAAA